AUGCUCCCCUCAGACCUUCCGACACUCACGUUGGCCGUGCAACGGGCGAGGCUGGUAUCGUAUUUCAACGGCAAGUCUAUGAUCAACCUGAGGCACCCAUUUCUGUCUGUAUUUCUUAUCGGUCUCGUGUCAGUCGCCAGCCUUGUUAUCCUCAUCUACGAUUGGUUCUUCACCAUUCGCCUCGAGGUCGCCACAAUUUGGAAGUCUCAGUGGAGCGUAAUGAAAGUGCUCUACAUAACAACACGUUAUGUAGCAUAUCUACAAUUCGUGGACCUUGUCUACUAUAAUCCACGGCCGAACGGCGCAGAGCCACUCACGUCCGUACCAAAGGUCUGCCAGAUCGCCUACGAGAUUCAUGUGUGGUCACUAACAAUUGGUGUUGGGGCUGGCGAAGCUCUUCUUUCACUGCGGACGUGGGCUGUAUGGGGUGGAUCACGCAAAAUGGCACUGGGUCUCGGUAUUCUCUGGGCCAUUGCAUGGGGUACCGCCUUGGUUCUAGUCGUCACGAUAUUGAGAGCUGUGCAAUACGGCGUCACCCCGCAGGCGUCCAACGUUGUAUGUUACGCCAUUCCCAGCUCAUCCACCACGAUUCUAAUCUCGCCCUGGGUCAUAUAUUUGCUCUGGAACACAAUGAUGCUAGUUCUGAUGGCCAUACCAGCCUACAAGACUUUCCAGCUCAGUGGAAGCCACACAUUGUCGAAGGUGGUCUAUCAGGAUGGCCUCAUCUACUACUCUUACCUAUUUGUACUAUCUCUGGUCAAUAUCAUCGUGAUCAUGACGACCCAUGUAUGGGCCCUUAAUGCCGUCAACAGUCUCUUGACCUCUCAAUCUUGCGACGAGAACUAA